AUGAUCUCAACUAUUCAUUAUCUUGGCGUACUCCUGGCCAUUUUCCACGGUAUUUCAUGUCUGGGCAAUCUCCAAAGCGCCGCUGCAACGGGCAGGCUCUUCUGCAAUCUGCGCCCCUAUCCAAAUGCCCGCAUCAAAUUCUGGGAAUACGAUUUCGGCCUCUUCCAAGAUGAUCUGUUGAUGGAGACGAGGAGCGAUGAAAAUGGAGCUUUUCAAGUAUAUGGAAAUGAUACGGAGAUUGGGUCGAUACGACCGCGUGUGUAUAUCCUCCAUAAUUGUAAUGAUGAGGCAACGGAAUGCUGGCGAAAAGUGGUCAUCGAGGUCCCAAAGGCCUAUGUUUCGGAGGGUGGAGUGCCGAGGAGGGUAUUCAACAUCGGAGAGCUCAGCCUUGAUGCACAUCUACCGGGUGAAGCUAGGGACUGCAUCACACCA